AUGCCUCGCUACGAAAAUGAUAAGGAGCCUCCCAAGGAGGAGCAGCAUCCAGUAAAAUGGUACCGAUCUACCUUUACCAACAUCACCAUCCUCGGACUCUGCAAUCUAGCAGCCCCAGGAAUAUGGGCGGCAAUGAACUCGCUAGGAGCGGGAGGCGCCGCGCAGCCUGGGCUCAUUAACACUGCCAACUCACUCACAUUCUGCCUGAUGGUCGUAUCAUGUUACUUUUCAAGCGCCAUCGUCAGAUACAUUGGUAUCAAGGGAGCGCUGAUUUUCGGAACACUUGGCUUCGCCCCCUACGCAGCAGGGCUCUACACCAACAACCGCUUCGGCAACGAGUGGCUCGUCCUGGUCGGCGCCGCCGCCUGCGGUAUAUCGGCGGGCAUCUUCUGGAUGGCCGAGGCCGCCAUCGCCAUCGCCUACCCCGAGCCGUGGAACCGGGGCCGCGCCAUAGGGUACUGGCUCACCUACCGACUCGGCGGGCAGAUCAUCGGCGGCGCCAUCAACCUGGGCCUGAACGCCGACCGGAGCAGCGCGGGACAGGUGUCGUACAGCGUCUUUCUGUUCUUCAUCGCCAUCCAGGCCGCCAGUCCGUUCGUGGCCAUGUUUCUCAGCAGGCCGGAGCAGGUGCAGAGGAGGGAUGGCAGGAGGGUCGAGCUGGUCAUCACGCAGGACUGGUGGACCGAGAUCAAGGAGACCACGAGACUGUUCUUCACAACCAAGUUCCUUUUGUUGGUGCUUUGGAUUGGCCAGGCGGUGUUUGCCGAGGCCGUCUUCUUUACUUAUAUCGCACUGUGGUUCAGCGUCCGAUCCAGAGCUCUUGCGUCUUUCUUGUCGGGUAUCGUCGCCGUCUCUGCUGGGAACGGCUUGGGCUACUGGCUAGACUCGACCCGUUUCUCUUUGAAAGCUCGAUCACGUGGCGCGUUUUGGACGAUUGCGAUCCUGCAAGGGGCAUGGUGGACCUGGGCAACGGUCAACGUGACCCGCUAUCGCGAUACUCGACCGACGUACGACUGGGUAGACCAGGACUUUGCGCAGGCCUUUGUGGUCUUUUUGCUUCUGACUGUCUGGCUGCAGCUGAACUACAUGUUCCUGUAUUUCUUCAUCCACAACCUGAGCCGGGACGAGCCCGAAAUCAUCCGGUACGCCGCCCUUUUGCGCGGCACCGAGUCUGCCUGGCAGGCCGUAUCCUAUGGAUUGUCGUCCUUGACGGUGUUUGGCGAGAUCGGUGGCGUCUAUAUGAACUUUGGUCUGUGGGCCGUGUCGAUUUACCCUGCCUGGUUGGUUCUUCGGCAUUUUGGAAAUGUCAAGCCGACCGCCGUCAAGGAUCUGCGCAGCCCUAUUGGUGCUCAGGCCGCCGAUGCUGAAAGGGGAGUCAUAGUCGCAGAUGGCAUCGGAUUGAUAAAUCGCUGA